UUAGCAGAUAGAUAUAACGCAACGUGCACAAACUCUUCUAGUAUAUGCAUUUUUGCAGAUAUUAUGAAUAAUCAAACAAAAGAAAAAAUUGAAGAUCUUCAGGAAAGGGGUGAGAAAGUGGGAAAGCGGAAGGCCGCCAAACAACUAAAUCGCAACUAUCAACAUGUUGUGAAAAAUACCUCAUCGAAAACUGUAAAAGGUGUAGCAAAAGGUACAUCCAGAGCGCUACUCAUUCCAGCAUUGAUAUCAGACGCCUACGAUGUGGGUAAUGCUGUGUCCGCCGAUUACCAAAACUCGACUAGCCGUAACACGGUUGAGACAGUUGCAGGUGUAGCUGGUGGUUGGGGAGGUGCCGCUGGUGGAGGUUCUGCUGGUGCUGUCAUCGGUAGUGCAAUAUUUCCAGGAGUAGGCACUGUAAUUGGUGGUGUGGCGGGUGCCAUAGUGGGUGGAAUUGGUGGAUUCUUUGGUGCUAGUGCAACGACCGAAGCAGUUUCGGAUUUGGCUGGUUAUGAUAUGGAAGAAAGAUGCUGUAAGAGAUGUAAACGGAAAUUUAUUGUGCGUUUAUACCUGUCUUCUGAAUCCAAACAAGUUUAUUGUCCCGAUUGUCGGUAAAAGUG